AUGCUGGUCCCCGCCCUCCUCGUCCUCCUCUUCUGCUUUAGAGCGCGUGCAGGCCGGUCGCCCCAUUUCCUGCAACAGCCUGAGGACCUGGUGGUGCUGCUGGGGGAGGAAGCCCGGUUGCCCUGUGUUCUGGGCGCAUACAGGGGUCUCGUUCAAUGGACUAAGGAUGGGCUGGCUCUAGGGGGAGAAAGGGACCUGCCAGGGUGGUCCCGGUACUGGAUAUCUGGGAAUGCAGCCAGUGGCCAGCAUGACCUCCACAUUAGGCCAGUGGAGCUAGAGGAUGAAGCAUCGUAUGAAUGUCAGGCUACACAAGCAGGUCUUCGAUCACGACCAGCCCAACUGCACGUACUGGUGCCCCCCGAAGCUCCCCAGGUGCUGGGCGGCCCCUCUGUGUCUCUGGUUGUUGGAGUUCCUGCAAAUCUGACCUGUCAGAGCCGUGGAGAUGCCCGCCCCAUCCCUGARCUGCUAUGGUUUCGAGAUGGUGUCCGGCUGGAGGGGACCACCUUCCACCAGAACCUGCUGAAGGAAGGAACCACUGGGUCAGUGGAGAGCACCUUAUUCUUGACCCCUUCCAGCCAUGAUGAUGGAGCCACCUUAGUCUGCAGAGCCAGGAGCCAGGCCUUGCCUACAGGGAGAGAUACAGCUAUCACACUGAGCCUGCAGUACCCCCCAGUGGUGACUCUGUCUGCUGAGCCACAGACUGUGCAGGAGGGAGAGAAGGUCACUUUCCUGUGUCAGGCUACAGCCCAACCUCCUGUCACUGGCUACAGGUGGGCAAAAGGAGGUUCUCCGGUGCUUGGGGCCCGAGGACCAAGGUUGGAGGUGGUGGCCGACGCCUCAUUCCUGACCGAGCCGGUGUCCUGCGAGGUCAGCAACGCCGUGGGUAGCGCCAACCGCAGCACCGCGCUGGACGUGCUGUUUGGGCCGAUUCUGAAGGCAAAGCCAGAAUCCAUGUCCGUGGACGUGGGGGAGGACGCCUCCUUCAGCUGUGCCUGGCGCGGGAACCCCCUCCCACGGGUAACCUGGACCCGCCGCGGUGGCGCGCAGGUGCUGAGCUCCGGGCCCACGCUGCGUCUUCAGUCGGUUGGACCYGAAGAUGCAGGCGACUAUGUGUGCCGGGCUGAGCCGGGGCUGUUGGGCCUGGGGGGUGGCACAGCCGAGGCUAGGUUGACCGUGAACGCUCCCCCGGUAGUGAUGGCCCUGCACUCUGCGCCUGCCUUCCUCAGGGGCCCUGCUCGCCUCCAGUGUCUAGUGUUUUCCUCUCCAGCCCCAGAAGCUGUGGUUUGGUCUUGGGAUGAAGGCUUCUUAGAGGCAGGGUCAAGAGGCAGGUUCCUGGUGGAGACGUUUCCAGCCCCAGAGGGCUACCGGGGACAAGGUCCAGGUUUGAUCUCUGUGCUGCACAUUUCUGGGACCCAGGAGUCUGACUUCAGCAGUGGCUUCAACUGCAGUGCCCGAAACCGGCUGGGUGAGGGAGGCACCCGGAUCCGUCUGGGUCGUAGAGACUUGCUGCCUACUGUGCAGAUGGUGGCUGGGGUAGCUGCUGCAGCCACAACCAUUCUUAUUGUCAUUACUGGGGUGGCCCUCUGCUGCUGGCGCCACACCUCUUUCUCCAAGCAAAAGAACUUGGUGCGAAUCCCAGGAAGCAGUGAUGGCUCCAGUUCACGGGGCCCAGAGGAGGAGACAGGCAGCGGUGAGGAACGGGGCCCCAUUGUGCACACAGACCAUAGUGACCUGGUUCUGGAUGAGGAAGGGGCGCUGGACACCAAGGACCCAACCAACGGUUACUACAAGGUGCGAGGGGUCAGUGUGAGCCUGAGCCUUGGUGAAGCUCCAGGAGGAGGCCUCUUCCUGCCACCCUCCUCCCCCCUUGGACUUCCAGGGACCCCUACCUUCUAUGACUUCAACCCACACCUGGACAUGGUUCCCCCCUGCAGACUGUACAGAGCCCGGGCAGGUUAUCUCACCACACCUCAUCCUCGAGCUUUCACCAACUACAUCAAACCCACAUCCUUUGGACCCCCAGAGCUGGCGUCCGGGACUCCCCCCUUCCCGUAUGCUGCCUUCCCCAUGCCAAGCCACCCACGUCUCCAGACUCAUGUGUGA